GGGGAGCGGCCGCCGCUGCCGGGCGCCGCAGCUGUCUCCGCUCGGCGCUGGCCACGCUGCGCUGCGCCAUGAAGGCGAUCGUGCAGCGGGUGGCCCAGGCCAGCGUCACAGUGGGUGGUGAACAAAUCAGUUCAAUAGGACGAGGCCUCUGUGUGCUGCUGGGCAUUUCUUUGGAAGAUACACAAAGAGAACUGGAGCACAUGGUUCGAAAGAUCUUGAACUUGCGAGUCUUUGAAGAUGAAAGUGGGAAGCACUGGUCCAAAAGUGUGAUGGAUAAACAGUAUGAAGUGUUGUGUGUGAGCCAAUUUACUCUCCAGUGCAUCCUGAAGGGAAACAAGCCUGACUAUCACAUGGCAAUGCCCACGGAGCAGGCAGAGUCUUUUUAUAACAACUUCCUAGAACAGCUAAGAAAAGCCUACAAACCAGAGCUUAUUAAAGAUGGCAAGUUUGGUGCCUACAUGCAGGUCCACAUCCAGAAUGAUGGUCCUGUAACAAUAGAACUGGAAUCCCCAGCAGCCACUUUUGAUCCUAAACAACUGACAAAACUUGAAAAACAGCAGCAAAGAAAAGAGAAGACCAGAACCAAGCCGUCUGAGUCAAGCAGAGAAAGAAAUGUCCCCCGAAACAAGGAUGACCCCAGUGCUAGCAGCGGAGCAGAAGGAGACGUGUCCUCAGAAAGAGAGCCUUAGCUUAUCCAAGGCAGGCCACAGUUUCUUACACAAAAGCUACACUGAAUUCUUGAAGAAAGACCCAACACUUGCCUCAGCAACGCUCUUCAGUUACUUUGGAAAAGGAUGGAAAAUGGGAAAGGAGAGCUGAGACAUUAGAAACCUAUCAUUCUAUAUUGAACCAACCAAAGCAAUGCUAUCAGAUUCAGUUGUUCAUGUGUAGUGUCAGUAGUGAAAAGGACUUGUGACAUUUUUGUGUAUGUGUUCUCACACGACUGCUGAGUAAAGGGUGACUGUAGGCAGAUUGUAGCAGAACAUUUCACUCUCAGUACAUAAGCUCCAUUUAAAGAAUAAAUCAGGGGUUUUCCUUAAAUUUACACUUGAAUUCUGAAAAUUCUCUGAGCAGGCUUGUGUAUUGAUUCUCACUCUGUGGUGUCAUGUGCUGCCUGUUUCCAUUGCAGUGUGCAGAUAUGUUCAUAUUUUGGUAAAUUGUUAGCUGCUGCCUAACAUCCGGUUAGGCAGUCCAGUUUUUCUGCAUGGAUUAAGUUAUUACAACGGAAGAUCAACCUCUAGUUGUUUAUCAUGUGGAACACAUCUGUCUUGUAAACUUUUUUAAAACCAGAAAAGACUUUAUUAAACAAAUGAUGCCA